AUGCAGUCAGAAACUCCCCUUUCCGGGUCGAGUACCGAGCGUGUCGACGACGACCAAAAUUCUAUAACCCCCUACAAGAGUUCGCCGAAUGACAGCGAAACAUGGCCAAUCACCCAGGAAGUCGAGAUACUCAGGGAGCGUAACGAGGCAAACGGCGGAAAGCCCCGAAAGCUGGGUGUGACAUGGAAGAACCUCACGGUCAAGGGCAUCAGCAACGAUGCCCUCUUCAACGAGAAUGUACUGUCGCAACUGAACCCGUUCGGAAAGAGCGGAAAGAAUACUCCAAUGAAGACUAUCAUCGAUAACUCAUAUGGAUGCGUGAAGCCUGGAGAGAUGCUCCUUGUCCUAGGGAAUCCGGGAGCCGGUUGUACAUCAUUGCUCAAUAUCCUAUCAAAUCACCGGUUAGGUUACGCGGAGAUUGAGGGUGACGUCUCCUUCGGUUCCAUGUCCAGCGAUGAAGCUAAGGCGUAUCGUGGUCAAAUAAUUAUGAACACGGAGGACGAGAUCUUCUUCCCUACCAUGUCUGUGGGCGCUACCCUUGACUUCGCGACGCGUAUGAAGGUCCCCUACAACCUUCCACCUGAUAUCGCAACUCACGAAGAAUACGCCAAAGUGUACAAAGAGUUCCUACUGAGAUCUCUCGGUAUUGAGCACACGCAUGAUACCAAGGUUGGAGACGAGUACAUUCGUGGUGUGUCCGGUGGUGAGCGAAAGCGGGUUUCUAUCCUGGAAUGUCUUGCUACGCGCGGCAGCGUCUUUUGCUGGGACAACUCCACCAGAGGUCUCGAUGCUGGAACAGCAUUGGACUGGACAAAGGCUAUGCGUGCCAUGACCGACAUACUCGGAUUGACUACUAUUGCAACCUUGUACCAAGCUGGCAACGGCAUCUAUGAGCAGUUCGACAAGGUGCUCAUCCUCGAUGAGGGCAAGCAGAUCUACUAUGGCCCGCGGGAAGAGGCUGUCCCGUUCAUGCAAGAUCUUGGGUUCCUCUGCGAUCCAGCGGCGAACCAAGCCGACUUCCUCACCAGCGUCACAACCCCGGACGUGCGUGCCAUCGCCGAAGGCUUCGAGAAGAGUUUUCCGCGGAACGGCGAAGAAGUACGAGCAGCGUAUGAACAGUCAUCCAUCAAGGCCACAAUGGUGGCGGAACUCGAUUACCCCGAAACCGACGAAGCGAAGCAGAACACGAUCGACUUCAAGGAGAUGGAAGCUCGGGACAAGCACAAGGGCCUUCCAAAGAACACCACAGUAACCACGAGUUUCUACUCUCAGGUCAAGACGGCAGUCACUCGGCAGUAUCAGAUAUUGUGGGGUGAUAAGCCUGUGCUCAUUGUAAAGCAAGUCUCUACUCUCAUCCAAGCUCUCGUCGCUGGAUCAUUGUUCUACCAAGCGCCAGACCACUCGGCUGGUCUCUUCCUCAAAGGUGGCGCAUUGUUCUUCUGUCUUCUGUACCCUGCCUAUAUGGGACUUUCGGAGGUGACCGACUCUUUUACCGGAAGACCUGUCUUGGCUAAGCAUCGAUCGUUCGCCAUGCACUACCCUGCCGCUUUCGUCAUCGCCCAGAUUGCUACUGACAUACCAUUGAUGCUGUUCCAGAUGACGCACUUUGGAAUUGUCAUAUACUUUAUGGUCGGACUCGAGACUACUGCAUCAGCUUUCUUCACAUUCUGGAUCAUCAUCUUCGCAUCAGCCAUGGCUAUGACGGCGUGUUUCCGAAUGAUAGGUGCUGCUUUCCCGACAUUUGACGCAGCGACUAAAGCUUCAGGCCUUCUCGUUUCAGCACUCUUCAUGUACAUGGGAUACAUGAUCAUCAAGCCAGAGAUGAAGGAUUGGUUCGUGUGGAUCUUUUGGAUCAACCCGAUGUCUUAUGGGUUCGAAGCUUUGCUUGGUAACGAGUUCCACAACACACAGGUACCGUGUGUGGGCCCUAAUCUGGUCCCUAACGGACCAGGAUAUGUACCUGGUGAAGGUGGCCAGUCAUGCAUGGGUGUCAACGGCGCCCAACCCGGAGCGAGCACACUUACAGGAGAUCAGUAUCUUGCCUCCAUGUCCUUCAGCCAUAGCCAUCUCUGGCGCAACGUCGGCAUCAUCUUCGCAUGGUGGGUAUUCUUCGUCGCAGUCACUAUUGUCUUCACCUCAAGGUGGAAGGAGAUGGGCGAAGGUGGACGUGGACUCCUCAUUCCCAGGGAGAAGCAGAAGAAGAACAAGCAUAUCCAAGCUAAUGAUGAAGAGUCGCAAGCUGUUGAGAAGCCACAAGCCAGCUUUGAGUCUUCCAGCUCCGACGGAUCACUCGCCAACCAGCUCAUCCGCAACACUUCUAUCUUCACGUGGAAGAACCUUACUUACACCGUCAAGACCCCUUCGGGCGAUCGCGUCCUCCUCGACAACGUUCAAGGUUUUGUGAAGCCAGGUACUCUCGGGGCUUUGAUGGGAUCGUCAGGCGCUGGCAAAACAACACUACUGGACGUUCUCGCCCAACGCAAGACCGACGGCACGAUCCGUGGAUCUAUCAUGGUUGAUGGGCGCGACCUUCCCGUCUCAUUCCAGCGAUCGGCAGGUUAUGUUGAACAGAUGGACGUACACGAGUCGUUGUCCACAGUGCGUGAGGCCUUGGAAUUCUCAGCUCUCCUCCGACAGUCUCGUGAAACCCCACGAGAGGAGAAGCUUCGCUAUGUUGACACCAUUAUCGACCUCCUACAACUCCAUGACAUUGAGCAUACCCUAAUCGGCCAACCUGGUGCUGGUCUCUCCAUAGAGCAGCGUAAGCGGUUGACAAUCGGCGUCGAGCUAGUUUCGAAGCCUAGCAUUCUGAUCUUCCUUGACGAGCCGACGUCUGGUCUGGAUGGAGAAGCUGCUUUCACCACUGUGCGCUUCUUACGCAAGCUCGCAGAGGUCGGACAGGCGAUCCUUGUCACGAUCCAUCAGCCGUCAGCUCAGCUUUUUGCGCAAUUCGAUACCCUUCUUUUGCUCGCAAAGGGCGGCAAGACGGUUUAUUUUGGCGACAUUGGUGACGAUGCAAGCACAGUCAAGUCUUACUUUGCCAGCCACGGAGCGCCUUGUCCACGCGAGGCUAACCCUGCCGAACACAUGAUCGAGGUUGUCUCCGGUAGUCUGUCUAAAGACACUGACUGGAACAAGGUUUGGCUUGAGUCGCCCCAGCAUGAGAAGAUGACUGAAGAGCUCGACAACAUCGUCGCGGAGGCCGCCGCUAAGCCACCAGGUACCGUCGAUGAUGGCCAUCAAUUCGCAGCUCCCAUGUGGGAGCAAGUCAAGAUCGUCACCCACCGCAUGAACAUCUCGUUGUUCCGCAAUACUGAGUACGUCAACAAUAAAGUGCUCAUGCACAUCCUGCUGGCCUUGCUGAACGGCUUCACCUUCUGGAUGAUUGGUGAUAGUCUCCAAGACCUUCAACUGCGACUGUUCACUGUCUUCAGUUUUAUCUUUGUUGCUCCUGGUGUCAUCUCCCAGCUGCAGCCGCUGUUCAUCCAGCGUCGCGAUGUUUACGAGACACGUGAGAAGAAGAGCAAGACAUACCACUGGGCACCGUUCGUAACAGGUCUGAUCGUUUCAGAACUUCCGUAUCUGGUAGUAUGUGCGGUCAUGUACUAUGUGUGCUGGUACUUUACUGCUGGCCUUCCUGGCGCCGCGAAGUACGCUGGCAGCACAUUUUUCGUUGUGCUUGUUUACGAGUUUCUCUACACCGGCAUUGGACAGAUGAUUGCCGCCUACUCUCCCAACGCGGUGUUUGCCUCACUCGUCAAUCCUCUUUUCGUCACAACUCUCGUGUCAUUCUGCGGAGUACUCGUGCCUUACAGCCAGAUCGAGCCAUUCUGGAGGUACUGGCUCUACUACCUUGACCCCUUCAAUUACCUGAUGUCCUCUCUCCUCGUCUUCACCACCUGGUCUGCCGACGUCGACUGCAAGACAAGCGAACUCGCCAUCUUCGAUCCGGCUGCCAACCAGACCUGUGGCGAGUACCUCUCAGUCUAUCAGCAGGGUAUGGGCGUCGGUAUCAACUUGCUUAACCCAGAAGCCACCGCCGAUUGCCGCGUAUGCCAGUACAAGACUGGAGCAGACUACCUGCGGACACUGAACCUAGCGGAGGAAUACUAUGGUUGGAGAAACGCUGCUAUCGUUGUAUUGUUCUCAGUGAGCAGUUACACACUGGUGUACUUGAUGAUGAAGUUGAGGACCAAGGCUACAAAGAAGGCGGCGUAA